AUGGCUCGCAGGAAGCUAAUCGCAGGUCCCUUCAAUAGGACAUGUGACGGUGAGGUCACAGAAAACAGAACAUCUUCCAAAUUGUUCGAUGAGGAGGGAAACGGAGACGUGAAGACGAAAGACCUGGAGAGACUGAUGAGUAAAGGGAUUUUUAACUGUGACAGCUUCUUGGGUCUGAUGGCACUUUACCACCAAAGAACCAAGAACCAGGAUGCUGAACUCAGAGCUCCUUUUAAAGUUUUUGAUAAAUAUGCUAAGGGCUAUAUUGACUGGAGCACACUCAAGUAUGUACUGGCGAACGCAUGGGCACUUAAUGAGUUCGAAGCAGAGCAGAUGAUGAAGGAAGCUGAUAAAGAUGGAGAUGGAGCCAAUGAUUAUGAAGAAUUUGUGGCCAUGAUGACCGGGGACCUGUUUAAAAUAACUGUCUCUUCUCUGCAGCAGUUUUCUGUUUAG